AUACUUCAAUGUUUAAGUCGGGCCUCAGAAUAAUAAAAGACUUGUCGCAGCAGCUGAUCAACAGCUGUCAGCUGUCACUGUCAUAAUAUGUCAAAUUGAUAAUUUAUUUUCAUGUGGCAACAUUUUAGUUGGGAAUUUGAAUUUCUGAGCAGCCGUUUUUCUCCGGUUUGAAUUUUACAAAGUGAUUUUGCGUAACAUCGAGUUCACGUUUUUCUAAAGUAUCUUUUGAAGUUUUUGUCGAAAUAUCUAUAAUGGCAGACACCACCCGUGCCUCUAGAAUCACAUCCUACAAGAAUGCAGGCCAAGGAACGACCGAGCUCCGUCGCAAGCGAGUGGAGCUGAGCGUGGCACUCCGCAAGCAGGCCCGCGAUGAGCAGCUUCUCAAGCGCCGGGCCAUGUCCCCGGAGGCCGGCGACGAGGAGACGCAGCCCACUGAAGAGCUGCCCAGCGUGCAGGAGAUUGUACAGGGCCUGAAGAGCAACGACCUGGCAACGAUGACGUCAUCGGCCCGCGCCGCGCGCCGCAUGCUGUCUCGCGAGCAGAACCCCCCCAUCAGCGUGAUGGUGCAGGCGGGGGGCGUCGCGCCGCUGGUGGCUGCUCUGGAUAGAGAUGACUGCGCGGACCUGCAGUUCGAGGCGGCGUGGGCGCUCACCAACAUCGCGUCCGGCUCGCACGACCACACCAUGGCCGUCGUAGACGGCGGAGCCAUCCCCAAGCUAGUCCUGCUUCUAUCCCGCGGAGGCGCAGUCGGCGAGCAGUCGGCCUGGGCACUGGGCAACAUCGCGGGCGACGGGCCGGAGACGCGGGACGCUGUGCUAGCCCGCGGCGCGCUGCCGGCGCUGCUGCCCAGUCUGGUGCCCGCCGCGCCCCGGGCUAGGCUCAAUACUGCUGUGUGGACCUACAGUAAUUUGUGCAGGAACAAGAACCCUCUGGUGGACUUCGAGUUGGUGGCGCCUGCGCUACCCUACAUCAGCGAGCUACUCACCAUUGAAGAUCAGGAUGCUCUGGCGGACGCCUGCUGGGCCCUAUCCUACCUGACCGACGGACCCAACGACCGGAUAGAAGCGGUGCAGACCACGCCGGGGCUGCUGCCUCGCCUGGUGGCUCUGCUGGAGCACCGCAGCGCAGCGGUCAAGACCCCCGCUCUUAGAGCCGUGGGGAACAUGCUCACCGGCAGCGAUGUGCAGACGGACCGUUGCCUAGACGCCGGCUGCAUGCCGCCACUACUGGCGCUGCUGCAGUGCAGCAAGCCCUCGCUAGUGAAGGAGGGAGCGUGGGCCAUGUCCAACGUGUUGGCUGGCACACACGCGCAGAUAGAGCGUGCCAUUGACGGGGGCGCUCUGGCGCUGCUGGCAGCUCUACUGGACCACGCCGAUGUCAAAUGCCAAAAAGAAGCAGCCUGGGCGAUCACAAACCUGUGCCUAGGCGGCGCGCCCGCCCAACUAGACCGCCUAUUCGCCGUGCAGUUCCUAGAGCCGUACACGCGCCUGCUGGCCAGCCCCGACCACCGCGCCGCCGCCGUCGUGCUCGACGGACUUACGCAUCUGCUGCAGGCGGCGGACCGCUACGGGCAGGUGGAGGCGCUCUGCAUCCGGCUGGAGGAGAUCGGCGCGCUGGACAAGAUCGAGGCGCUGCAGCAUCACGAGAACGAACAGAUAUACAAGAAGGUGGUGCACAUAAUGGACACAUACUUCGCGGAGACGGAGGACCAGGCCGCCCCGGAGGCAACUGAUGACCAGUACCAGUUCGCCGCGCCUUCAGGGGAGAAUAUACAGUUCUAGUGAGACUGAACUUGUGGGGUUACCACCACCGCACAUUAGCAAUUAACAAUCCUUAGCUCUAAUUUCACAAUAGUCGGUUAAAUCGUAACCAGGGAAAGGUUGAUCAGU